GCCUCUGAUGGGUUCGCUGGGGAGAAUCGUAGCCUAUGGGAACAGUUGAAUGGUUAGCUGUUACCGGGGGGGGUGUUGCGCUCUCGCUCUAACUCUCUCUCUCCUUCUCUCUUUUUUUCUCUGUCUUCCACUCCCUCUCACUCUCUCCUUCUAUCACUGCUUGAGCAGACCCCUGUUGGUGAAUGUGUGUGUAUGUAUGCCGGUCAGUGAAUGUACACGAGUGUGCGCAUGCAUGCAACAGACAGACUGAGACCAAGACCAAGACGGAGAGUGUCUGUGUGAGGGCAAGUAGCACACAGUCUGUUUGCCGGAGGGGGGGCUUGGUAGUAUCUUUGGGUUCGGCUGCAAGGGGCACCAGCAGCAGCGGUGGAAGACUAACUGGAUUAAAUUUCCCAGCUGCCGGACGGUGAGGACGACCAGCGCAAGCCACAGGCGUGACUGAGUGAGGAGUGGGAAGAGUGCCGGACGAAACAUAACCUGUCACUCUGAGGUUGCUUCCAGCUAUGUAACGUGUUCCGCACCCAGAACAUGGAGGUAGACCAGUGCCUGCUGGAGUCCCUGCCCCUCGGCCAGAGGCAGCGGCUGGUGCGCCGCAUGCGUUGCGACCAGAUCCGCGCCUACUACGAACGCGAGCGCGCCCUGCAGAAGCAACAAUGCCAGCUCCAUGGCAACGCUGCUGCUGUUGCCGCAGCAGCAAUAGCAGCCAAUGGUGGUGGAGCAUCCGCAGCUGCGGCAGGAAGUAACGGUGGCGCUGCUGUAGCCAAUAGCGGUGCGGCAGGUGGUAUUGCGGGUGUCGCCGCUGUCAACGCCAAAGUUCGUGGCGGCCAUCGCAAGAAGCAGCGUGUGUCGUUCCCGCCGGGAAACAUGGUCCAGGAUGCGGUGGUGAGGAACGACGACAAAGAAGUGCUGCGGCUGCUGAAGGAGGGGGUGGACAUCAACACUCCUCUGGCCUCUGGAGGAUCCCUGCUGCAUCUGUGUGCUCGGCAUGACAACGUGUUUGCUGCGGAGGUGCUGAUGGAGCGUGGCCUGAACGUCAACCUGCAGGAUGAGGACCUGUGGACAGCCCUGCACGUGGCCUGUGCCUGCGACCACCCCGACAUGGUGCUGCUGCUACUGCUCGCUGGUGCCAACGUGCUGCUUCAGGACCUGAACGGGAACAUUCCACUGGACUACGCCACAGAGGGGACGGAGAGCAGCUACAUCCUCCUCGCCCACCUGGAGGAGAAUGGUGUGGACUUGAGUGCUCUCCACCUCAUGCGGACCCAGAGGGCUUCCACCAUGCUCUCAGACGUCAGGAAUCUCAUCAGCACUGGAGUCAGUCUGAACCAGCACAACGAGGAUGGAGUCACAUUGCUCCAUAUGGCGUGUGCUAGUGGCUACAGGGAGGUGGUGUCUCUGCUGUUGGAGAGCGGUGCUGACCCGCAGGUGGCGGACAACAGCUAUUGGACCCCCCUGCACCUGGCCUCCAAAUAUGGACAGACUCGCAUCGUGAGCCAGUUGUUGAAGUACAAGGCUGACCCGACUGUCCUCAACUGCAGCCAAGAUAAACCCUCAGAUGUUGCAGCGUCAGACAGAAUAGCAGACAUGCUGCUGCGGGCAGAGGAAGUCUGGAUACAGCGCCGUAAGGACCCGGGGAUGACCCUGCCCAUGCCUGAUGAGAACUGUGAAGAUCUGGCUCAGGAUGUGACCACACCCGUUAAGAAGCUGACCCCUCUGGCGGUGCCCAUCUCUAAGCAGGACAGUCUGCUAGAGAAGGACCGCAUGUUCAGGGACCUGGCAGGAGCGCUGAGCCGGCAGCCCUCUCAGGACAACAUCCUGGAUGGACCAUACCCUACAGGGACCAGCAAACUAGAACAGGUGAAGUUGAUGCCCCCAGCCCCUAAUGAUGACCUGGCCUCCCUGAGUGAGCUGACAGACAGCAGCCUGCUGUACGAGAUGCAGAAACGCUUUGGAAACGACCAGAUCUAUACAUACAUUGGACACAUUCUCCUGCUGGUCAACCCAAAUAAGGACCUUCCUAUCUAUUCAACACUCGUGAGUCAGCUGUACCUGAGCUCCACGGGCCGUCUCUGUUCGUCUCUCCCGCCCCACAUCUUCUCCUCCGCUGAGAGGGCCUAUCACAUGAUGCUGCAGGAGCGACGCCCACAGUGCUUCAUCAUCAGUGGUGAGAGUGGUUCGGGGAAGACGGAGGCCUGUAAGCAUAUCCUGAAGCACCUGGCAGCUCGCUCCAGUCCCAAAGGCUUCGCCCUGGAGCCACGCAUGAAACAUGUGAACUGUGUACUGGAGGCCUUUGGUCACGCCAAGACCCAGAUGAACCCCAACUCCAGCCGCUUCAUCAAGCUCCUCACGGUGCAGUACUGUGACAAGAAGAGGACCAUACUCAGAGCACGUGUCCAAGCGUACAUGCUGGAGAAGGCUCGUGUGACCUGCACGCCAAAGCAGCAGCUGAACUUCAACGUCUUCACCCUGAUGGCAGAGGGCCUGUCUGCAGAGGAGAAAAGCAGCGUGUACCUCAACAACCUGCUCACACACAGGUACAUGGGUGGCACAGACACUGGCGAGACUGCCCCUGUGGGCACUGCCAACUCCCAGAGCAGGGAGAGACUGGCAGCACUGAAGCAGGCCCUCAGAGCCCUGGGACUCAACAGACUGGAGGUGGAGAACGUGUUUGUGGUGCUGUCGGCCCUGCUGCACCUGGGGGACGUACGCUUCAGUGCCCUGGGAGAAGCAGACACGGCCCUGCCUGCCGACCUGCCGCUGCUGGAGCGAGAGAUCCACACGCAAGAGAGUGCCCUAAUCCGGAACCUGAAGACUGUCUCGUGUCUGCUGCAGGUGAGUCCGGAUGAUCUGGGAGCAGCCCUCACCACGGACGUCCAGUACUUCAAAGGUGACAUGAUCACGCGGCGCCACACCGUGGAGGUGGCCAAUCACGUGCGAGAGCUGCUGGCCAAGGCCCUCUACAGCCGCCUCUUCAGCCACCUCGUCAACAACAUCAACUUCUACCUGCAAGGCCCAGAGGACGCCAUAGGAGACCCAGCUCUGGAGAUCAGCAUCCUUGACAUCUUUGGCUUUGAACAGUUCCAGAAGAACAGCUUUGAGCAGCUGUGUGUCAACAUGGUGAGUGAGCGUGUGCAGCAGUACGUCACGGAGGUCCUGUUCCAGCAGGAGCAGCAGGAGUGUCUCCAGGAGGCCAUUGCCACGGAAACCAUGCCUUCACCCGGCAACCAGCAGGUCUUGCUGGACUUCUUCUUCCAGAAGCCACAGGGUGUGUUGAGUGUUGUGGAUGAUGAGAGCUCGACGGUGCGCUGGUCGGAGCACAGCCUCUAUAAGCGUCUGCAAGCCCAGCUGGACAGCAGCGGCCCCAGCACCGCCGAGGCCAUCUCCCUGACAACCAAAGACGGCAACGGCAACCCCCCGCCCAAGGACCAGGGGCCCUCCUUUACAGUAUCACACUACGCCGCAAAGAUGACAUAUGACCUGACGGGAUCUUUGGAGAGGAACAGAGACGCCCUGCCACAGAAUGUCCUGUUCGUCAUGAAGUCCAGUGAGAGUGUACUCGUCCAGCAGCUCUUCCAGUGUAAGCUGACUCAGACGGGCUCUCUGGUGCCCCCUGUCCACCAUCGGCUGCAGCUGCGGGGGCCCAAGGCCUGCCUGCUCCUGCCCAAGGGGCCCUCCGGCUCCUCCUCCAGCACCGCAGCACGGGACGCCAAGAAAUACCUGGAGCUCAGCAAGCUGGUUAAGAAGAAGGCUGGCACUGGACUCCUGCUGAGGCUGGACAGGGGUGGACCCAUCACCAUAGCCACGCAGCUCAGGAACUCUCUGUCUGAGAUCACGGCCAAGCUCCAGAGCUGUACCCCGCACUUCGUCCAGUGUGUGCGGCCCAAUGCCAGUGGUCAGCCGGACGCCUUCCACAGCUACCACGUCUCCACCCAGCUGCAGUACGUGGGCGUCCUGGAGAUGGUCCGCAUGAUCCGCUAUGGCUACCCCGUACGCCUGUCAUUCAACGCCUUCCUCAGCAGGUACAGGGAGCUGGCUGACACCACCCUGGGGGAGAAGAGGAAGGUGCCCCAGGAGGAGAGGUGCAGACACGUCCUACAACGCUGCAAACUACAGGGCUGGCAGAUGGGGAGCAGCAAGGUGUUCCUGAGGUACUGGCAAGCUGACCACCUGAAUGACCGCUGCCACCAGCUGCACAAGAAAAUAGUCACCUGUCAGAAAGUCAUUCGUGGCUGGCUGGUGCGCAAGCGCGCUCGCGGCCGCUUGAGCAGCGUUGGCCAGAGGGGGCGCUCCACCUCCACCUCCACCUCCACCUCCACGGUGCAGCGGUUCCUGCAGGGGGCCGAGGAGCAGGGCAUGCGGACCUACGACAGCCUGGUGCUGCAGAACGCCUCCGACAUCGCCCGCGAGAACGACCGCCUGCGUGGAGCACCAGGGACGAACAACGUGACUCCCAACACUACAGCGUCCAAUCCAGUCUCGGCCAAUGCGAGCACCACGGUGGCCCCAGGAAGUCCCGCCUCCCUGCCCCUGGGAGAGAGGCCCGAGCCGGUGGGCAAGGAAGAGGACUCCCCGAAGAGGCCUGUGGAGAAAUGUGGCCGUGUCCACCGCCACUACCGAUCCAGCUCCGUCCCACUCCCCCUGCAGAUGGACAACAUGGUACAUCCCACUGGAGGAUGCCCCAUGAAACCAGCCCUGCAGCCCAUGGGCUAUUCCACAGAGGACGGGGGAGGCAGCGGACCAUCAAGUCUUCCGGUCGGAGGGAUGUCCUCUCCGAGGAAACAGCCACCCCCCAAGCCCAAGAGAGACCCCAACACGCGUCUGAGCGCGUCCUACGAGGCCGUGAGCGCUGGUCUGUCCAUCGCUCCCAAAGACUGCUCCAUCGACGGCUGCCAGGCCUCCCCAGCAGGAAGUCCUCCAAAAACACAACUCUCGCCCUCAGACCUCUCCACUGACCUAUCUAAGCCGCGCCCGCACAGCGACGACUACAGCACCAUGAGCAAGAAGGUCCCCCCGCCCAAGCCCAAGCGCAGCCCCAACACCAAGCUCACCGGCUCCUACGAGGAGAUCUCAGCUGCAUCCAACUCCAGCAUCACCACCACCACCACCAUCUCCUCCUCCAACCCCACGCCCAUCACCACCUCCUCCAGCACCACCAAGCAGCAGCGGCCCACAGACAUGAAGCUAGCCUGCCUGACCCGCACCGGCCUGCCCCAUCCGGCCCACCUCCACCUCCAGCAACACCACCCUCUACACCACCACCAGCACUGCCUGGCCUCGCUCCAGCGGGCCUGCUCUGUAGAUGGGCCUCAUGUCGGAGUCACUGGUGGGGGCACUGGUGGUGGUGGUGGUGGUGGGGGCUCGUCGACUGCCACGCUCAGCCUGUACCGUGGCCAGGACGAGGAGGAUGUGUACAUCGAGAUGGUGGGCACCCAGUCGCAGCGGGCGCUCAGCCUGCCCGAGACGGAGAGCCCGGAGACGGGCGAGGCCGUGUACGAGGAGAUGAAGUACUUCCUGCCCGAGGACGGGGGCGGAUCGACGGGUGGAGGUGGAGGUGGAGGUGGAGGAGGAGGGUCGUUGGUGACAGGGACUGUUGGGCAGGGAGGUCCCGCAGUGGUGGCCGGCAUGAAGGUGGGGACACCGCCUGUCCAGAGCCACAUGGUCAGGCCCGAGACCCUGGAGCCCCUGAUCCAAACCAUGGAGGUGAGGAGGGUACCUGGACCAGGAAUGGCCGGUGUAGGAGGAGAGCAGCACCCUGCCCUGCCACCCAAGCAAGGGGCGGCUAAAGAUGGAUCCUCCACCUCGUCAUCAUGCGAGAUCCCAGCACCAUUCCCUAACCUGCUGCCCCACCGGCCCCCGUUGCUUGUGUUCCCACCAUCACCUGUCACCUGCUCUCCGGCAUCUGACGAGUCUCCCCUGACCCCUCUGGAGGUCAAGAAGCUUCCUGUGUUUGAGACCAACCUCAACUAUAACCAGGAAGGAGGCGGAAGCCCGCUCUCCCCACAGUACGGCCGCCAGAGGGCCGACUCCUCCCCCAGCCUCACAGUCCUCCAUGCUGAUAGGUCCACGCCACCCUUGACCCCGCCCGCUGUGCUAGCUCCACCAAUGGGAACCGCCCUACCGCCGCCGUCUGCACCGCCUCCGCCACCCUAUAGGCCGCCGUCCCACUUCCCGUUCCCGCCCGAGCCGGGCCUCCUGGCCCUGACCCGGGGCCAUAGUGGAUCCAUGGACGUCUGCUGCAGUGCCAACACCGGCACGCCUCCACUCUCCGCGGGGGUAGGCAGCAACGGAGGAGGCGGCGGCGGUGGUGGAGGAAAGCCACCGUUCUCUCCAGUGAAAGGCGUGUCAUCGUCCGCCCGUCCCGAGCCCCGGCGUGCCCACUCCUGCUCCUCGUCUCCGCUGCUCUUCAACCCGGCCAACGGGCGCCCGCUCACCAGCCCCCUGGACGAGCUAAACACCCUCUUCAGCUCCGGACGCAACCUGCUGCGCAAGUCCACCACAGGGCGCAAGAUGCGUGACGGAGGUUUCUCCAACUCCAACAUCAACCUGCCGGGGCGUGAUGAUCAGGGCUGCACCUCUCUGUCCCCUCAGCUGCAGGACAAGAACGCCAACACCCAUAACCACUCCCCCAACUCCCCCGGCUCCGCCCCCGUCGAGAACGGCAACCAGCUGUCCAAUGGCUCUUUAGAGGAUGAGAGCCACCCCAAGUCAAAUGGUUCCAGCUCCACUUUACAGCACAGGCACUUGGACAGCCACCAUACCCAGCUGCUGCAGAGGUUGCGAGCGUCGUGCGGGGAGGACAGCUCGGCCUUGCAGGACCUGUUGCUAUGGCGGCGGGCCCUGUGUGAGUCUCGUCCCGACUGGCAGCAUCUGCUGCAGCCCCACACCUCCCCCACCAUCCUGCUGAAGAACAAGGCCCACAUGAGCAAGAAGGCCUCGCCCUAGAACCCCCCCUCA